CCUAUCGUUGCAGUAGUAGCUUCAGCUUCGCGUACACACGCGUGUAGUCGUUUGUGCCAAGCUUAACUCUGCCGCCCCGCGACUGCGUAACGUUAAAGCUCGCGACCAGCCACCGCGCCGAACUUCAACCUCCGCUGCAGAAACGCGCUCACCUCUGCACCUGCCGCCUUACUGUCGCGCAUUGUCGCCCAACUAAUCUUCACAUCGGCGCACCACUCGGAAUCAGCCAAAAUGCCGGACGUCAAGCGCUGGGUCAAGAUCAUCACCCACCAGAAGGCUACCAAUGCGCCCUCAGAAGUAGAAGGCUUCCCCAUGAGAGCAUGGAGCAUAGAGAUCUGGCUUGUGGGUGGUGACGACCAAGAGGUCAUGCCUACGGUCUUCGAGAAGGCCACGUACAACCUCCAUCCGUCGUUCCCUAAGCCCAAGCAUGUCAUCAAGAAGGCACCGUUCCGCAUCGACGAGAAUGGCUGGGGAGAGUUCGACAUGCAGAUUGUGCUCUCGACCAUCGGCAAGGGCGGCGAGUUCACGCUUGGACACGACCUCAAUUUCCAGGCUGAGCGCUACGAGGCCAAGCACCAAGUGACCUUUCGAAACCCGAGGCCAGAGCUUCUCGCGUUGCUGCAAGAGUCUGGUCCCACGGACAUGAACGGCGCGCGCAACAAGGACCCCAAGCAGAAGAAGAACAGGCGGGACAAGAACGUCGACAUGGAGAAGCUCGCCGAUGGUCUGCAAAAGCUGAGCGAGGACGAUCUUCUCCAGGUCGUCACCAUGGUGCAUGACAACAAGACGAGCGAGACGUACACUAAGAACGACGUCGAGAACGGCGAGUUCCAUGUCGACCUCUACACGCUGCCCGACUCGCUGGUCAAGAUGCUGUGGGACUACACUGCCUCAAAGACCGAGUUAUAGACAUGCUUCCAUUGUCUUGCUCGCAGUCUGGCUAACAAGAGCCGUAGUCUCGAGGAUUACACGGGCAUUCGAAUGCACACGACCAUCUCGACCGCCCCGUUUCCGCCUCUGAACCGCCCAUGAACGUCGGAGCGCGCCCUACAGCAACGACGGGUGAAAAUGAGCUCUAACGCAUAUACAUGCCCCCCUCCAGCUCCCUCGGUGUUUUGGUUUUUCUCGGAGCCGUGUUUUUUCUUGUCCCGGUCGCAUGCAGUACCUGGAUAUAAAUGCAGCACUUUUUUCUCUCUCGUCUCUCGAUCGAGGCGCGCUUUCCCCCUUUCGCGCUGAGCAGUGGAGUUUGGG